AUGAUCAUGACCAUCCCUGCUGCUCAAGUGCCAGCUGGCCUAGAGGAAGGGAUGCAGAUCAUGUUGGGCGACCCUUCCCAAAAGAUUCCAGGGAAAGUGAAGCAGAUCCUCUCGGAUGGCUCAGCGAUGCUGGACAUGAACCAUCCCUUGGCGGGCAAGGAGCGGGGAGGUGGCUCCUCGCCACCUCGCCACCAUGAGGACUUGAGCUUUGACAUCGAGCUGGUGAGUUUUCGCGAGGUGGUGAAGGGCAUGGAUCUCAUUGGCUGGAACGGCCAGACGCUGAAGGUGCCAUUUGCGAUCGCCAACAGCCCGGUGAGUGAAGCGCUGAAAGAACCCAAGUGGCCUGAAAAGUGGCCUUACACGGCUGCAGACUUCAGGCGUCAGGAUGAGAGCGAUGAUCAGGGUUUCUACAAUGCGCCGCGCUUUGUCACCCACAUUGACAAGGACGCCAUCGACUCGAUCCGCAACUUCUAUGCGCUGCAGUUUGCCGAGGCACCUCAAGGAGAGUACAGCGUGCUGGACAUUUGCAGCUCCUGGAUCAGCCACUACCCCGAGGAUCUCAAGGCCAAGCGUGUGGCCAUCACCGGGAUGGUCGAGGAGGAGCUCGCUGCCAACAAGCAAGCAACAGAGCACGCAGUGGCAGAUUUGAACAAGAAUCCCAAGCUGCCCUAUGGCGACGGCGAGUUUGACUUUGUGACCAACGUGGUGAGCAUGGACUACCUGGUGAAGCCACAAGAGGAACAUUUGGCCGCAGUGGAGGUAUAA